ACAUCAAAAGCGAGACAAUAUAAAAAGCAACUGAGAGGGAGAGGGAGAGAGAGAGAGAGAGAGAGAGAGAGAUGGAUGAUCAUAUGGAACUCAUCUCUCAGUUGUACCACGGUGGCUUCAGCCAAAUCGCUCCUCGACAAGGGGAAGCAAAGCCACGGAGGAGUAGGAGGAGGAAGAACAAAGCCAACGCAGAGGGAAGCAGUAAUGGAGGAAUGAUGAGGAAGAGGAAGCUGAGUGAGGAACAAGUGAGGAUGCUCGAGAUGAGCUUCGGGAAUGAACACAAGCUCGAGUCGGAGAGGAAAGACAGGUUGGCUUCGGAGUUAGGGCUCGACCCUUGUCAAGUUGCCGUCUGGUUCCAGAACCGACGUGCUCGCUGGAAGAACAAGAAGCUCGAGGAAGAGUUCAACAAGCUCAAGACCCUCCAUGAAAACGUCGUCGUCCAGAAGUGCCAUCUCGAAUCUGAGGUUAUUCAGCUGAAGGAGCAAUUGUACGAAGCCGAGAGAGAGAUCCAACGGCUGGCAGAGAGAGCAGUGGAAGGAGUUUCAAGCAACAGCCCAACCUCAUCCAACGACGCACCGUUUCCCGGGGAUUUCCAAGUGGACAACGAUUACGAUGAUUUGAUCUACGCACCCCCACAUGGUUACACCGCUGGGAUGGAAUGGAUGAUUAUGUAUGUGUAAUUAUUUAGAUGAUUAACUAACUUGCUAAGCUAAUGCUUAUUUAGGGUAUAUGUAAUUCGUAGGUGUAGAUAUACGAUUACUAGCGUAUGAGCAAUGUCUGUCUUUCUAUAGAAACGGCAAUAAUUUGUCAUCCCAUUGUAAGAUAUGCACGUCACAAGAAUAUUAAUUAAAUA